CCUUUGGCGGCAGCGCCGCCCUCACCUCCGACCGCCUCGCUCGGAGGCGAUUAUCCACCGAAGCUCCCGUUCCUCCCUACUCUCCGACCCUCAGAAAAAACCCUAGCGAUGUCAAACCCUUCCCCUCCUCAUCUCUCUCCCCGAUUUCGUCCCCGAACCCUAGAUCCCUACCCAUCAUUCUCGUCUCCGGAUCCCUAAUCUCCUCCCUUGCCGUCGCCGCCAUCAUCUACAAGGGCGAUCCCUCUCGCCCCAAACCGUACGACGGGUUCUACGCUGAGCUCGAGGAAACCCUAGAGAAAUCGAAGAACUCGCUCCGCCGGGUGUUCGAUCAGAUGCUCCAGACCUCCGCGGCGGCUGCUGUAUUGUGGAAAUCGCUGACGUCGGUGAUGUCGUCCGCGAAUCAGGAGAUGAGGUCGGGGUUCGAGUUUAGGGUUGCGGCACUGCUGGCGGAUAUUGCGGCGGCUAGUGGGUCCCGGAGGUCGGCAAUUGUUGGGGCUGGAGGCGGAGCCGUGGUGGAUUGGUUGCUGGAGACUGUGGGGACCUCCGGCAGGGACAGGAGUGGGACCCGUGAGGAGGCGGCGAGGGCGCUGGCGUACUUGGUGGCGGAUCCGGGGGUCUGUGAGAGUGUUCUUGGAAGGCCUGGGGCCGUGCCGAAUUUGCUGAGGUUUAUUUUCUGGUUUCAGCCUAACAAAGAAACUAAGCAGUACAAACACAGUUCACUAGAUGAUCCUCAUUUUUUUAAAGGGAGGAGCAUGCUUGUUGCUGCUCUUAUGGACAUAGUUACUUCAAAUUGUGAAACUACAGAUUUCACAUCAUUUCAGCCAUUAUUGCCAGGCAAUGCCGAUACUAGGGAUAUUGCCGCAGCUCUUGAAGUUGUGGAGGAAGGUGGAAUGCACUUGGAUGAUGAACAUGGGGAGGACGAUGAUGGUGGCAGUGGAAUGAAGGGAAUUGGAAUCAAAGUACUUGGUGGGCCAACUAUUUUAGGAUUUUCAAGGAUGACUGACCUCUUAGAAUCUGACAAUGUUGAGUUGGAAUCAACUUCAUACACAAAUAAAUAUACUGCAUUACAAGAAACUAGCAGUAGGUUUCUACAAAUGGGGAAAGAUUCCACCACUGUACCAGGACUCUGGGAUGACUUACAGAGGGAGCAUAUUGCUGUGCCUUUUGCUGCGUGGGCUUUAGCAAACUGGGCUUUGGCAUCUGAUAUUAAUCGAUCCCAUAUUCAAGAACUUGAUAGAGAUGGAAAUGCUAUCAUGACUGCCCUGAUGGCCCCUGAAAGGACUGUCAAAUGGCAUGGGAGCUUGGUGGCUCGAGCUCUCUUGGAUGACCAGAACUUGCCAUUAACUGAUUCUGUCCCUGGUUGGAGCUCUAGUCUUCUUUCUUCAGCUUUUCAUUCCAGCAAAGUUGGAGACAUCUCAUUAGCUCAAGUCGCACUAUCGGCUUAUGUCGUUUCUGUAGAAAGAAGUGAUAGUGCGAAAAAAGCAGUUGUGGGUAAAGGUCUUUAUCUCAUGAGACAAAUAGCUAAACAAGCAGAGAGACAUAGGAAUUUGCAAGAUUCAUUGGCAAGGGUCCUGGAAUUACUUUAUGCUGGGGAUAUGCACUUAUCUCUGGAGGAAUCCCAAAGAUGGUCUGGUAUACUUCUCCGUUGGGUUUUCAAUACAGCUUCCACAGAUGCUCUACGCCAUUCAGCAACCAAAAUUUUGUCCUUCAUCCUUGAAGACUACGGUCCUGCUUCGAUACCGAUUUCUCAAGGUUGGUUAGCUAUUUGUCUUAAUGAGAUUAUUGAAGCGAGCAAGACAUCAAAUUUGAAAGGAAGCACUGCUUUGAAGACUAACAAAGUUCAAAUUGAUGAAUCUAAUGCUUUAUCAGCAGCACAGACAGUUAACCUGUUGUCCAACGCUGUAAUUAAGCUAGCAAGUAACCAGUUAGAAUCUGAAUCUGAUUCAGUAGAUGGAUUUCCUUUUGCUGAUCUCCUCUCUCUUGAGCCAUUUGCUGCAUUGUUUAAAAACAUGAAGAAAACAAAUGUUAUUAAAUUUGAUGCUGCUGAUUCAGCUUUGGCUACUCUUAAGAGUAUCAAAGCACUUUCUGAGCUCUGCUCUGAGGAUGUGGCAUGCCAGAAUAAAUUAGCUGACUCUGGAAUCCUUUGCUUACUUAGGCGUUUACUUCUGAAUGAUGAUUAUGAAAAUCUGGCUGCAAUUGAGACAUAUGAUGCAUCAAGAGCCUUAGAGAUGCAAGACCGAGGUUCAUCUUCCUCUGGCGAUAGAUCUUCUGUAGAAUCUAAUGAUCCUUCUAGUGUCCGAGUUCCACCUACAGCACAUAUUCGCAGACAUGCUGCUCGUCUUCUUAGAAUUAUCUCUCUCUUGCCGAAGGUUAAGGAAGCCAUUCUAGCAGAUAAAGAUUGGUGUAAAUGGCUUGAUGAUUGUGCUAGUGGGAAGGCCUCUUGCUGUAAUGAUCUGAAAACUCAAAGUAAUGCUAGGGCAACUUUGCUAAACAUCUUUUGCUUGGAUCAAGAAGAAACAAGGAAAAUGAUUCACAGAUCCAAUGGUGAUGAAGGUGGGAACCAAAGAACAAAGUGUGCUCAAUAUGAGGAUAUGAUAUUUUUAAUAAACCCUGAACUAUCAUAUUGGAAAUGGCCUGGCAAGAAAAAUUUGGUCAUGUGUCAAGAUUCUCCAGUUAACUCUUCGCCUUCUCAUGAUAAUGAUUCUGUUGCUGAUGAAACUAGUAACACUUCCAACUAUCUAGAUGUGUCAGAUCUGGAAUCACGUUCUCCUUUACUAGAUGUAGUCUUUAUCCAUGGCCUAAGAGGUGGGCCAUUCAAGUCUUGGCGUAUUGCAGAUAACAAGUCUUCGACAACCAGUAAAGCUGGUCUUGUAGAAAAUAUAGAUCAGGAGGCUGGGAAAGAGGGUACAUGUUGGCCAAGGGAAUGGCUUUCUGCUGAUUUUCCAUAUGCUCGCCUAUUUACUGUAAAAUACAAGACAAAUCUAACACAGUGGUCUGGAGCUAGCUUGCCACUUCAGGAGGUGAGUUCCAUGUUGCUUCAGAAGUUAGUUGCUGCUGGUAUUGGGGAUCAACCUGUUGUAUUCAUUACCCAUAGCUUGGGAGGCCUUGUUGUGAAGCAGAUGCUGUAUCAAGCGAAGAUUAGUAAUUUGAGCAACUUUGUGAAUAACACCGUUGGAAUUGUGUUCUAUAGCUGUCCGCAUUUUGGUAGCAAACUUGCAGACAUGCCCUGGCGUAUGGGCAUGGUUUUUCGUCCUGCACCCACGAUAGGAGAACUAAGAAGUGGAUCCCCUAGAUUGGUUGAACUGAAUGAUUUUGUCCGCCACCUCCACAAGAAAGGACAUCUCGAGGUUCUUAGUUUUAGUGAGACCCAGGUGACUCCAAUAGUUGAAGCUUAUGGAGGAUGGGCCUUUCGGAUGGAAAUCGUACCUAUCGAAUCUGCUUAUCCAGGGUUCGGUGAACUAGUUGUACUGGAUGGCACGGAUCAUAUAAAUUCAUGCAAGCCAGUUAACCAAACCGAUCCAUCCUAUUCAGAGACAUUGGAGUUCUUGAACAAAUUGAGAGCCCGUCUUACAUGAUGAAUUUUUUCUCCACUAUAUUGAUUAUAGCAACGUUCUUCGCUAGAUAUUUCAGCUGAUGAAGAAAUAGCUAUUGCCUUAAAAUCUCUUAACCAGAUGGGAGCUGAUUUGGCAGCUAAUGAUUAAUAAAUUUAUGAGAUUAAUUUUGAUUGAUAAAUUUAUAAGAUUAAUUUUGACGAGGAUGGUUGAGAAGGGUACUACCCACAAGCAGUGAGGCAACCUGCAGGAUGCUGCGGAAGACACCUCGAGAGUGGUGUAGUGUAUGUAUAUUCUCACAGGAUAUGUCAAAGAGAACUGAAAUGAACAAUCAUCAUGUAUGUUCGUAAUGUUAGUAGAUGUGAAAUGUAUAUUAUCAUGUGUUAUUAUUAGUUUCUUGACUCGUAUCA